AUGCCCACACCGACUUUGGCGGGCGUCGGUGUUCCUGCAGUUAGCAACCGCCUAUGUGUCAUCGAUCGCAACUCUCGAGAACGUUACCUCGUAGACACUGGCGCAGAAAUAUCUGUACUGUCGUCGCACCAUAAGAAGAACCAGAUAUCAAGCACCUACAAACUUUAUGCUGCAAACAACACACCGAUUAAGACCUAUGGGGACAAGACGAUCACUCUUAACCUCGGGCUGCGACGAGACUUGCGUUGGACAUUCGUCAUAGCAGACAUCAAGACCUCAAUCCUCGGAGCAGAUUUCAUCAGACACUACAAGUUACUCAUCGACCUAGACCAGAAGAAGCUCAUCGACAAGACCACUAAAUUUCAAGUCGACGCCGUAGAAGUCUCAACCACUCAAGAAGCCGUUUACCUGAUUAGCAGCGACCAAGAAUUCUACGAUAUACUGAGAGAAUAUCCUGACGUACUUCGACCUAUGUCGGUGAAGACACCUGCCAAGCACAGUGUACAGCACUUCAUCACGACGACCGGCCCCCCACUCUUCGCUAGGCCACGCCCUCUGCCGCCCGACAAAUAUGCAGCGGCGAAGGCUGAAUUCGAACGCCUGAUGGCAAUGGGCAUCUGUGAACCCUCAAACAGCCCCUGGGCGAGUCCACUGCACGUCGUCACGAAAAAGGAUGGGACCCUACGAGUAUGUGGGGAUUAUAGACGCCUCAACGCAGUAACGCAACCUGACCGUUAUCCACUACCUCGAAUUCAAGACUUUACGUACCAGCUGCACAAUAAGAAGAUUUUUUCGAAGCUUGAUCUGAAGAUGGCAUACUUUUGGAUACCUAUGAACAAAGAAGACGCACAGAAAACCUCGAUUAUUACGCCGUUCGGUUUAUUUAAAUUUAACUCCAUGACGUUUGGCCUUCGUAACUCAAGCCAAACUUUCCAACGAUUCAUGCACGACGUUCUACGAGGCAUAGAUGGCUGUUUCUGCUUCGUCGACGAUCUUCUGCUGUCAUCCUACAACGAAGAAGAGCACAAGACGCUGCUUCGCCAAGUCCUAGAGCGCCUUGACAAGUACGGCGUAACACUUAACGUCGAUAAAUGCGAGUUUGGGCGAAGAAAAAUCAAUUUCCUCGGCUAUGAAGUUUCAUCUGAUGGCAUCAGUCCCACUCAAGAGCGGAUUCAAGCUAUAUCAAAUUACCCGAAGCCGAAGACAGUCUGCGAGCUUAGAAGAUUCCUAGGCAUGUUGAAUUUCUACCGCGACUGCCUACCACACCAAGCUGAACUUCAAUCACAACUAAACAAGUACCUGCACAACUCCAAGAAAAAUGACAAGACUCUUAUCGAAUGGAACCCCGAGACAGAAGAAGCUUUCAUAAAAUGCCGCCAAAGCAUACUGAAAGCUACGACGCUAUCUUAUCCAGUUCACGGCGCUCCGCUGAGUAUCAUGACAGAUGCAUCAGACCACAGCCUGGGAGGAGUAGUUCAACAGAAAGUUGACAACGCAUGGAAACCUCUGGCAUUUUUCUCGAAGGCAAUGAGUCCUACGCAACGCCGCUACAGUACCUACGAUCGCGAGCUGUUGGCGAUUUAUACAGCCAUCAAACACUUCAGACGACUUAUAGAAGGCAAUGACGUCAUCGUCUACACGGACCACAGACCACUUACACAUGCACUUACGCGAGCACCGAGCAACAGCGACACCCCGAGACGCGAGCGACAACUGCACUUUAUAAGCCAAUUUUGUUCGAGCAUCCAGUAUAUUCCAGGCGAUAAAAACAACAUCGCUGACGCCUUAUCGAGAAUCGAAGAAAUACAAUGUCCCACGGUCAUCGAUUAUGAAAAGCUAGCCACCGACCAGCACGCUGAUGAAGAGCUGAAAACAUUGAAAACACGCGAAAAUCUCAAGUUCAUCGUAGUCGCACUUCCAGGCAUCAGCCAACCAAUCACAUCAAUGAACAGAGACGUCGCGCAAUGGACUCGAGCUUGCAUUGGGUGUCAACGAGCUAAGGUUCAUCGACAUGUCAUUCCACCCAUCGGCGAGUUCCCGCAAUCACAACGUUUCGAGCAUCUGCACAUCGAUAUUGUGGGCCCUCUGAAAAUAUCGAAUAGUUAUCGAUAUUGCGUCACUAUGAUCGAUCGCUGUACGAAGUGGCCUGAAGCAGUACCGGUACGCGACAUAACAGCGGAAGUAGUGGCUAAAGUCUUGUACGAGCACUGGAUUACAAGAUUUGGAUGUCCACUACGCAUCACGACUGAUCAGGGUCGCACCUUCGAGUCCAGCCUUUUCAACGCUCUCCUGAAGAAGUUUGGAACCACGAGAAUACGCACGACAGCCUAUCAUCCGCAAGCAAAUUCGCAAGUCGAGAGGCUCCACCGCACUCUAAAAGCAGCUCUUAUGGCAAGAGGACAAGGUUCAGAUUGGUCUGAAGAGCUACCGACAGUAUUAUUUGGACUACGAGCCGCACUACGCAGCGACAAUAACUUAAGUCCUGCCUUAAUGACAUACGGAUCUUCACUACGCAUGCCAGCUGAUUUUUUCGUACCUACAAAGUCGAAAAUUGAAGAUGCAGAAUUAGUACGCCGCCUGUCAGAAAUAAUGUCAUCGCUUGUACCUGUAACUCGGACGCACGCCACGCAAUUAAGACCCUUCGUGCACAAGGAUUUGACAUCGUGCACACACGUCUUCGUCCGUAAUGACACCGUGCGACCGCCGCUCACACCACCUUACGAUGGCCCAUUCGAAGUUUUGAAACGCUAUGACAAAUAUUUCAAGAUACAAAUGCCCCAACGAACCACAGUCGUCACCAUCGAGCGUUUGAAGCCAGCCUACAUCUAUGAUGAAGCCAUCGCAAGCGCCAGCCAGCCUACGGUUUCGAGCCCGGACACGCAAACAUACGUAUGUAUUGUAAAAAAAGUAGAGGACGGCGGUCUGAAACUAAAUGUUGCGAAGACCGAGUACAUGGCGUGUGGCGGCACAGACCCCGACCCCAUAACGGGUGGAGGCGAAUCUGUUCUGAAAACAGAUAAAUUCAAAUACCUUGGGUCUGUGCUGCACGAAUCAGGCGAAAUCGAUCACGACGUCCAGGCCCGAAUUAGCGCUGCUUGGGCAAAAUGGCGAGAAGUAACCGGUGUCCUCUGCGACCCCAGGAUACCGGUGAAGCUUAAGGGUCUUGUGUACAAGAGCAUCAUCCGACCAGUCUUACUGUAUGGUAGCGAGACCUGGCCUGCUCUCGGAAGGCAUGUCCAGCAGCUUCACGUCACAGAGAUGAAGAUGUUGCGGUGGAUGUGUAUCCGUGACGUGGCGGAUAAGCUGCAGGAAAGUCGCCUCCGAUGGUAUGGCCACAUACGCCGCAGACCGGUAGACUACGUCGGAAACAGAUGCCUCAACCUCAUCGUCCAAGGCCCUAGGUCACGCGGCCGCGGUAGGCCUAAGAAGCGCUGGCUGGACGUCGUGACAGCGGACAUGGAAGAGAACAAUCUUUCACCUCAGGAUGCCGAAGACCGGGCAAAGUGGAGAAGGCUGAGCAGGAAAGCGGAC